AUGGUGUCUCAGUUUCUCAUUCCAAACAAAUCGAUAUCUAUAUUUCCCAUUCUUUCUUGUUUCUAUCUCCCUUUGGCACUUACCGAUUCUUCUCCCUUCCUCGAGAUAAAUGUCGGUCACCUAAACUCAAAUCCUCUAAGGAUACCUACUCUGAUUCAUUCCCAAAAAUCAAAAAAUCUCGUUGUCUAUCCCACAGUUUAUCGAUUCAAAAUUUUGGGAGACAGAAUCGUGCCUUAUUUGUGGUUCGUAGCCUACACUACUGCUUCACUGCCCUGCUCCACUCUUAUCUGCCCUAACUUGUCCGUCCUCCACCACCUCCUUCAUAUGGUUAUGUUUAUGAAUGUUCUCAAGAAGGAGGGUCUUAAAGGCCACAAAGAAUGGCUUACUGAAGUUAAUUUCCUUGUUCAGCUCAGACAUCCCAAUUUGGUGAAAUUGAUUAGUGCUUUGGAUACUCUUUCAUCACCUAUACCUACACCUGGUGCUUCCCCUAUGAUGGAUCAAUUAGACGGAUUCGGUCCAAAUCCUACACCACCACCACCACCUAAAGAAGAGGAGAAUGGGCGGACAUAUCCACCAAUUGUUGCAUUUGAGGUUGGUGCAUUGAGCCUAAUCUUCAACCUGUCUAAGCAACCUGGAAGUCCACAGAUAACUUUAAUUAAAGCAAAAUUCACAAACCAGUCUUCCCAGGUCUAUACAAAUUUCAUCUUCCAUGCAACAGUGCCCAAGAUACAGUUCAUACAGCUGCAUUUAGAGCCUGCUAGCAGUAAUACUCUUCCUGGAAAUGCCAGUGGUUCUAUAACACAAAAAUUACGAGUCAACAAAAAUCAACAUGGCAAGAAAUCGGUUGUGAUGCACAUACGAAUAAGCUACAAGUUGAACAACAAAGAUAUGUUAGAGGAAGGGCAAAUCAGUAACUUCCCUUGCGACUUGUGA